AAACAAAGAGCUUGGAGCUCUUACAUGGAAUAACACCACUGUUUUGGGUUCUGCAACAACUUAAAACGCAACCGUUUUGAGCAUAGGGGAUGUAAAUAGGCAUGCAGACUCGUUGCUUGGUACUCAAGCACAGGAAGAGAGAGAGACACCUGAGCGUAUCUCAGAAUCCAAAAGCCAAUCAAUUGUUAAAGCAAGUUUUACAAAGAGAAAAUCCAUUGCUUGUCUCUACUGAAAACUCCAAUUCCCUCUUUUUAUUUUCCAGAUUUUGCCGACAUGAUGGUUUGUUCUCCCAUCAGCACAUAUGCAAAAAAUGUUGUCCGCAUGAAGGGCCGAAUGAGCAGCAGUCUCUCCAGUGUCAUUUCCCAUGGACCAUCCAGUUCAUGCUAUUAUUGUUUGUAUGCCGGACCCAAGAAAAAAUAUACUGAUCUUUCUGUUUCCAAUACAACAUCUGGUUCACCUGCUAUUGGCUGCCAAGAAUUCCAAGCAGGCUGCUUUCGCUCUUCCAGUCAAAGUGGCAAAUUCCAGUCACUAGCACUACAGGAAUCAGUUAGUGAUAAAGGAAAACAGAAAAGACAGUUUGAAAUUUCUUGGGCAGGCCAAAGUAUGAAAAUAAGGCUUUUGUUACCCAAACAAGGAACACUUCAAAAAUUCAAAUGCAUUGGAGGACCUAUAUCCUGGCCUCCAGGUUGUGUUUCUGCUGGCUUAGUUUUUGGUUUGUUGGUUUGUUAUUCAAGUUCUGAAACAGUAUACACAGAAGCUGCUGGGGCAAAGGAGGGCAAUGAAGAUGAAUAUGGGUCUUCUCAUGCUAAAUUCUCUCAUGGGAAAAAAGUCUAUACCAACUUCUCUGUUAUUGGAAUACCUGGAGAUGGAAGAUGUAUGUUCCGGUCUGUGGCUCAUGGAGCUUGUUUAAGAUCUGGGAGAUCAGCUCCCAAUGAGCAUGUUCAGAGAGAAUUAGCAGAUGAAUUAAGGGCUAAAGUUGCAGAUGAAUUCAUCAAAAGAAGAAAAGAAACAGAAUGGUUUGUUGAGGGAGAUUUUGAUGCCUAUGUAUCGCAAAUAAGGAAGCCACAUGUGUGGGGAGGUGAACCUGAACUGUUCAUGGCUUCACAUGUUCUCCAGAUGCCAAUCACAGUCUACAUGUAUGACAAGGAUGCUGGCGGCUUGAUUAUGAUUGCAGAGUAUGGCCAAGAAUAUGGGAAGGAAAAUCCUAUAAGAGUUCUCUAUUAUGGUUUUGGUCAUUAUGAUGCAUUGCAGAUGCCUGGAACAAAGCCUGGUAAAUCGAAACUUUAACUUUUGAUUCUGACAAUAUAUAAGUAUUAGUAUUCAAUUUUUAGAGCAUAUGCAUGUAAUCUUUUAUAUUUGUAUCAUCGAUGUCAAAUAUGUAACUAUGUUUAGUUGCAAAUGAUCAUUCAAGAUUAUUUAUUUUUUUGUUUGACAUAAUAAAUCACUUUUCAUUCCAUUUCACACUCAACCAUCACUUUAUCAACUCCAUUGACAUUGAAGCUGAAGAGGAGCUGAAUAUUUGCACAAGAGGAAUAGUCGACAAUGCCGAAAGUUAUGCCAUGAAACUUUUGUCCAAGUUAAACUGAACAAGAGUGUGGCAACAUUGGCAAGUUUGUUUCUCUGUUAAACUUUUUUAACACGACAAUUUUCGAUCUCCGCAUGUGGAUCUCAUAUGACUCCAUUGAGGCUAAAAGGUACAAUAACAUUACUAGAAAAGGUGAUUGUUUUUUGGUGAACGCUUUGGAUCCGAUUAAGGUUUGGUGGAUUUUUUACGUUUUGCCAUACAAAAGAAAAGUAUUGACGAUUUUAUUUCAUAAAUAUUGCUUUGGAUGAACCUAAAAGUAUACUUUUUUGCUUUUUCUUUUUCAUUUUUGAUAGCAAAAAUGCCGUUACUUUUAUCUUUUUGGCUAAAAUUCAAAUUAGGUAUAUUGGGCUGCGUUAGUGCUUUCAGCACUUGAGCUCUCUCUGAAUCUUUGAAAACUGCACUAUCUUGCAUUAUCAUUCUCUUACUUUCACCUUUGACCGGUAAAGA